AUGGAUUCGGAGAAUUAUUACAUUGAGCAGCUUCUUGCCACUGAUGAUAGUGAUUUCAAUGAGCAACAGAACCAAAAGAAACUUGCUGAUCAAGAAAGUAUUAGAUAGCCGCCAAUUGAUGAUAGUAUAUUUCCAUCUCAAAAUAUAAGCCAGCUUGGUGACUACUAAGGAUUUUAACAGGUAAAGUCACCACCCUACACUCAAACAUAAUAAAUCAAUAAACCAAUUGAUACUGCUCCACUAAAUAAAAUAUUAUAUGAAGGCACCUACACAAAAAUAUUUAACCAGUUCAUUAAUGAAGAUGUGAGCAUUCACUUAAAUUGUUUUGAGCAAAUCAAGAUAAAGGGUUAGGCUGCCAUCUAAAAUUUAUUACAGAGCAUGAUACCUAAGUUUAGUAUAUCGUUUUCAAUUCCCAACCAUCAGUCAUAAUAAUAAGUGAUUGGGCAAGAUGUCAAAGCAGAAAUUAGAUUUAUCAAUCCUCAAACAAUGAACAUAAUAAAUGCUAUAAUGAAUAUGAAGUUGCAACCGGCCUAUGACGCAGUUAAUGGAUCAUGGUUCUGUCAAUAAAGUAUUUAUAGCUAGUUCCCAGUUCAGACAUAUUCGAUUCUUAUCGAUCUAACCUUGAUUGUUCCAGAUUUACCUAGUAAGAAGGUCAGAGGCAUGAUCAAUCUUUAUGAGAUACUUCCUAUGCAAUCUCAACCAAUUGUUUGCCUUCAGGUGCCAUUGUCAUCAAGAAAUCCAAUGUACACCUAGGGCAGCAUGACUGAUUAAUUUUAUUUAACAUUCAAUGUUCAACGUUAAAAGGAUGAGUUUCUACUAUCAAACAUCUAGUUUUAAAUUGAGUUUAAAGAUUGCAAUCUUUUCAGUUAAUAGCAGCCAUAACCUAUUAUUUAAAAUUAGUCUCAUCUUCAAAUGCAAUAUCCCAUGUAAAUGGAUGUGCCGAACAUGGAUCCAAGACAAGUUCUCAAAUUCAUGAUGUAUUGUCAGAAUAAUUUCCAACCUAUUUAGUAGGAAAUGAUGCAGUCUCCUCCUCAUAUUCAGCCUUAAUUUGAAGCAGCUUUCCAAGGCGGCAAGUACUAUAGUUAUGGCUAAAACCACGACCAUUCUUAAAGUGCAUAACUGGGUAACUCAGGCUUCAAGACUUCUGCUAGUCCAUUCUAUCCACCAGGCAACCAAUACUUAGACUCAUCUUCAGCUUAUUCAGAUAAUUCAUCUACGAUGUCAAGUUCUUAAUAAUUAGGUUCUAACGAUAAGAUGUUUGAAAAAUAUUUCAAACAACAAUACAAAAGUGCUGGACUAGAAAAGAUCUACUAUAUGAAUCCUAGAGAGUUUGCUAUGAAAAUGGGUUACUAUAUAGACGUUGGAAAUUAACAGCCGACGAACAAUAAUUCUAAUGUGAUGUCUCCAAUAGAUUCUUAAACAGAAUUGAGCUUGUCAUCUAAAAGCUAAAACUCAAGGAAAAAGAAGGAUUCUUCAAAGAAACUUAGUGCACUGGGAUUAAGUUAAAGCUCAAAACAAGGAGAAAAGAAAUCUAGUCCUUCUGGCUCUCAGGUAUCUUCAAACACUGGAAAGAAAAAUAGUAAUAGCAAAACUCCUAAGCCUCUCUAAUAACAACUGCCAAAGCCUUAAUCUACAACUUCAAAGAGCACUGAAAUCCCGCAUAUUAAUAAUAUGCUCGAGUACAUAGUAUCUUAGAAAGGCUCAAGAUUCAUGUAAUAGUUUGUUCAAAAAGCAAAUCUUGAACAAAUAGAAAAUAUAAUAAAGAGGAUUCAAAAUGACCUUGGAAAUUUGAUGAUUGACAAGUAUGGAAACUAUUUUUGUUAAAAUCUGUUGAGAACUGUGAAUCCACAAAACAGACUCAAGAUUAUCAGCUACUUGAGCCCCGAAUUUGUAAAGGUCUCUAAUCACGAUGUAGGAACCCAUUCAAUUUAAAGACUUCUUGAAGUAGUAACCUAACCAGAAGAGAAGGAGGUUAUCUUUAAUGCUAUUAAAAUGGAAAUCGAAAUGAUGGCUCAUCAUCUCAACGGUAACUAUGUCCUAGCUCUAGCACUUUCAAUCCUAGAACAGCCUCAUAUUGAGCAUAUAGUAGAGGUCUUAAUCCCACAUAUUUACGAUCUUAGUGUUAACAAACAAGGCAUUUGUAUUGUUAAUAAGAUGAUCACUCAUACUCAAGUCGCCUCAAAUAUUCAGAAAAUUGUUGAAAUAUUAUCAGAAAAUUUGAUUCAAAUUAUUCAGGAUCCAUUCGGCAAUUACGCAAUCACUCAAGCCCUCUAGACUUGGGACGAGGAGACUUGCAAAGAUAUACUUAAGAAAUUCAAGAAAAAUUUCACCUAGCUUGCAAUUCAGAACUUCUCUCAACAAGUACUCGAAAAAUGUGUUGAAAGAGCAAGCACAACUUUAAUCAAAGAAUUCUUCGAGAUCUUGCAAAGAGAGAACGUGAUGAAAAGUAUGAUGAAGAACAAGCACAGUAUCUUUAUCGUUUAAAAAAUUCAUCAAAGACUGACUACCCAUGAAGACUUAGAGAUGAUGAGGACUUUGAUUCAAAAGAAUAUUUGCUACGUCAAUGAAAAAUUGAUCAAGUCAAAAGGUUUGACUGUAUUCCAAGCUUUUAUUGAGCCUUAAUAGGAAAUACAAUCAAAGACUCCCAUCGCCAGCUUACCAAAUUCUGGAAACCACAGCAGACAGCCUUCAGGGCAGGGCAGUCCUUCACUACUAAAGUGA